AUGACAAAAUGUUUACAUUCGAUUCUUAAAAUGAUGUCAGUUUUUCUACUGUUAUCAAUCGUCUACAGUGCAGUGAUACAUCCAAGGAUACAAGAAGACGGAACAACUAGUACAUCUGUACCAUGGAGUUCCCAAAAGGAUUCGUCUAGAGAAAGAGUUCGAAGACAGUAUCCGUAUGGAAUGGGUAAUUAUGGUUACAAUGGAAUGUAUGGUGGUUAUGGUGGAUAUUCUCCGUACAAUUACGCUGGCUAUACUGGCUACCAAUAUCCAUUUACAAAUGGAAUUUUCCCGCUACAAGGCGGCUACUAUCCGGGAAGUAUAGUCGGAUCUGGAUCCAUUUGGGCUGCUGGAGGUGGUCUAGUUGGUAACAUGCUUUCUUUUCUUAUUGGUUAA